UUGUUGCAGAUUCAUGUUUGAGGAAACACGCAGGCACACCAACAUCCCAGUGGUGUUCCUCAGCAAGGUGUACGAUGCUACCCAUAAUCUCAUCAAUGAAUGCUGUAGUGAUGCAGAUGCCACCACUUGUCUCGCUACCAAGAGGCUACUGCUGAGGGGGGAGAUACUCAAAUUCCUCGCAAAGGCCGUUGAGCUAUGUGGAGAAUAUUACGACUUGACCUUCCUUGAAUUCAAGCAAAAGUAAGAAUUCCAUUCUAGACCUUCCUGAACCUAC